AUGAUAUUUUAUUAUCUUUUAAGUAUCACUCUUUUAAUUACUUAUUCAAAUUGUGCUUGCACUAACCCUGAUAAAUCAUGCACUACUGAUUGUGUUAGCAUAGGUUUCAUUGCAGGUACUUUAAAAGACAAAGGUCCUUGUUAGUCUCCUACUGCAUGCUUAACAACUGCAGGAGCUUGUGAUAGUACAAACAAAGCAUUUUUGUAAGCAUGUAUAAUAGUUGGAUAUUAAAAUAAUGCAGGAACAUGCAUUUAACCUUCUUAUGCUUUAUGCUCUAGCCCUGGAAAUACUUUAUGUUAAACUUCUACAUUAAGUUUAUGCACUUUACUAUUUGGUUUAUAAUAAUCUUCUUAAUAAUCAUGUGGUUCUACUACUGAUUCUUUAUGUUUAGCUUCUUCUUAAGGUUGUGGUAGUUCAUUAUAUCCUUGUGUAGUAAAUAAUGGCCUUAUAUAAAAUGUCACUAUUAGCUAAGCAUGUGCUCCUCCAACUAAUUGCACUGCUGAAGAUUUAGGACUUUGUGGAGGUACUUACACCUAUUGUUUAUCAAAAGGAUAUAUUGCUGAUUCUAAAACUAAUUUAGAUUGUAUUUGUGAAGGCAACGAUAAUUUAAUACAAUGUACUCCUAAAGCUAACACUAGCCCUAUUAUAACUGCUUUUUUUGUCCUUUUAUCAAUACUCACUUUCUGA